AUGAGCAGUACGUUUGUGACGCUGAAGGAGGUGCUUGAGGGCAGGGGGGCCGCCCUGGAGGAGGGGGAGGUCUGGGGGCUACUGCUGGGUACCGCCGAGGCACUACUGGACCUCAGCUACAAAGGUCAGACCAACAUUUGUAACAUCAUCAUGCCGGGCUCCCUGUUGCUAUCGGCUACCGGAACUCUGGCCUUUAAGAGCUGCAGCCAAUCAGAGUCCAGCGCUCCGUUUGCCGCCCCUGAGAUGCUACAAGGCCGGCCAGUCAGCAGCAAGCUCGCCACAGAGAAGGUUGCCGUGUAUUCUUUAGGAAUGACACUAUACUGGUGUGUGGACUACCGUGUUCCUCAAAACCAGCCGGUCCAGCUAAGUGAUGCCCUAAACGUGCUCUUACUGAGCAUGUGCGAGGACUUGGCCCAUCGGCGCGUGGGAUUGGCUGCCAUCCUUGAGGCCUGUGAGGAGCAGCAUAAGACCAUGCCCAACCUCUCACCCACCCGCACCAUACGCCAACUAGUGGAGCAGUGGAGCAACUACACCGCCGAGAGUGCGUCCUCUGAUCCGACAGUUCCGUUGAGUGGAAGGAGUCAGAUGGUUCGAGAGAGACUCCAUGCUGGAUUGAGUCAGCAGAAGAUGAGGGCUCCGUGGGGGCGGACCUCCUCCCCUCCCUUCUCCGUCCAGACGCUGCCCAAUCGCAUCCAGCGCGGGCUACAGCAUCGUGCUAGCUCCAGCAGCAGCUGGUCGUCCCGGGCGCCGUACGCCUCCGACUCCGCCAUUCGCCCAGCCAGCCCUCCAAUCAGCAUCAGCGAAUCCACCACCAGCCUCAACACGCGCAAGGCUAAGACGCUGGGGCCGGAGUUUGUGAGGAUGGGGGACGAACCGCAGGUUACUCUGGAGCUGCCCGGAUCUAUUGUGUCUAAGAAGGGUCGUUCGAGUGUGUCCCAGCGCGAGGUGUGUGUGUACAUGCCCAAUGAUGCCUGUCUGCUGGUGCGAUGCGACAUCAAGAGCCGUGGCCGAGACGUCUUCGACAUGGUGGUGGCCCACGCCAACCUAGUGGAGCACUUCUACUUUGGACUGGCCUUCAUAGACGAUGAUGAGUUCUUCUUCUUGGAGCCGGAGUUGAAGAUCUCUAAAGUGGCCCCAGACAUCUGGAAGAAGCAGCCGGGAACCCCCUUCACCCUCUACCUCAGAGUCAAGUUCUUCGCAGACAAUGUCUCAUUCAUACAACACCGGUUGACGCGUCACCAGUACUACCUUCAGCUGCGUAAGGAUGUGCUGGAGGACCGGCUCCACUGCAGUGAAGACACAGCUCUCUACCUGGCCGCCCUCGCACUGCAGGCCGAGUUUGGAGACUAUAUGGCUGAGGUGUAUGGGCGUACGUAUUUCCAGGUGGAGCAGUACGUGCCUAAGAGUGUGUGUGAUAGAAUGUCGUUACCAUGCCUACGGGAGGAGCUGCCACGGCUACACGCCAACUAUGCACACAUGCUGCCCGACGAGGCAGAGAUGGAGUUCCUCAAGCUAACUCAGCAGCUGUCGGAGUAUGGCGUGUUGUUCCACCGCGUGGGCCGCGAGCGCGAGAAGCGCCCAGUAGGGGGCGACAUGCAGCUGGGCAUCAGCUCGCGCGGUGUCACCGUAUACGAGCUACGCACACAAACGCGCUACAUGUGUCGACACUUCCCCUGGAGCGACACGCAGAGCAUCUCAACUGGGCGUCAUAAGUUCAGCAUUGAGUGCGGGCCCUCCGGUAAGAAGCACGUCUUCCAGACAGAGAGCAGCAGGAUAGCUCAGUACCUCCUCAACCUCUGCUCUGCACAGCACAAGUUCCACAGUGAGAUGACCUCACGACAGCUCACACACACACUCACAUCAGAUGAUAACCUGGAGAAGUACCUGGCCACGUGUAGACGUCAGCACCAGAUGAAACGCCUAUCCUGCUCCGAGAUGAUCCUCAGCAACGUGGGCGUGGCCAACGCGUUGGCUAGCGACAGCAUUAGCAAAUCAUGUGACGACCUGACGGCCAAGGCCGACACCCACAGCAGGAAGCUCCAUGACAUCAGCGAAACCCGCGAGUCGUCGCAGGACAUUAGUACUCCAGAGCCUCUCCACCGCAUCAUGUCAAGUGUGUCGCUGCAGAAGCAGGACUCAGAAACCCCGUCACGAUCCUCCUCCAGCCGGGACACUCCAACCCGCACGCCUCCAGAGAGGGAAAUAAUCUGUGUCACUCUGAAGAAGGACCCCAAGCUGGGCUACGGCUUCGUAAUAGUGGGCGAGGAUAACACAGGAAAGCUGGAUUUGGGGAUCUUCAUCGCAUCCAUCAUCCCAGACGGACCAGCAGACAAGGACGGACGCAUCAGACCUGGGGGUCGUCUGAUCUCUCUGAAUAAGACGAGUCUGGAGGGAGUGAGCUUCAACGCGGCGGCGGCCAUCUUGCAAAACAGCCCAGAGGAAGUGGAACUCAUCGUCUCUCAGCCCAAACAGGGCCUGAAUGACAGUAAGCUUUCCCUGGAGGGGGGUUGUGUCGGCAUGGAGUCUGGCCCAGGAAAUGAGUUCCGUCCUGGGGUAGAGGAGCUGGAGGAGGCCCUGACAACCAUACUCACCCCCAAACACACACGGAGGUUACACGUACCUGUGGUGCGGAUACUAGACACACAGGAUUCCUGGUCGCGGUGUUCAUCUGUGUCUAACCUGCAUGCUCCCGACGUGCUGUCAGUGGAGCUGAGGAAGAAAAACGGCAGUCUGGGCAUUAGCGUAGCGGGUGGAGUGAACACCAAUAUGCGUAAUGGAGGCAUCUACAUCAAGAGUCUGGUCGUGGGUGGAGCGGCAGACCUGGACGGCAGAAUACAGAUCGGUGACCGGUUACUGGAAGUGGAUGGGAACAACCUGAGAGGAGUCACACACAGACAGGCAGUGGAGUGUCUGAAGAGGACAGGAGAGGUGGUGAGUCUGCUGGUGGAACGCGAUCAGAUGGUUGUCAUGGAUACCUUCACUCCGGAGCGACAGCUGUCCCCGUCGCUUAGCAACAGCCCAAGCUCCUCCCCUACACACCGCAGAGACGUUACUAUGGAAACCACCUCUAUGGGUCGCCACAAGGACUACAGCUUCGUAUCCGAUGAGAACACAGUGGAGGUGCUGCUCCACAGGAGUGUGUUCGGCCUGGGCUUCAGUGUGUGUGUGUCGGAGCUUUGUUCCUCCCCCACGCGGACAGGGGGCAGUGUGGUGCGCAUCAGACACCUGUUUCCCGGCCAGCCAGCCAUGGAAAGUGGCCUACUGUUGGAGGGGGAUGUCAUACUCGCAGUAAACGGCCAAUCACUGAAGGGCUUGGCCUACCAGAGGGUGAUGCAGAUUCUCAGGGGGUCGUCCGAUGAGGUUCGACUCACCGUCUGCAGACCCCCACCUGGAACACUACCGGAAGUCGACACAAGCUCACUGUCGGCGACCCCUCUGAAGGAGACGCGCUCCAUGUCUCUGGACCUGCGCAUGAGAGACCUGUCCAUGGACUUCCACCGCCUGCUCCAGAUGAAGGCAGAGGAGACCCGGCAGGAGAAACAACUCCUACUGCAGAGCACAUCAGGAAGUGAGCCCGGUGACACGCCCAUUAAGGAGGCGGGGCGUAAGCACACCUGCAUCAGGAGGGUGGAGCUUAACAAUGCGUUACCGGUAAGCAGAUCCAGUGACAUGCUCAAUAAAGGAGCGGGGGUGGGACUUAAUAAUGACGUGACAGGAAGUGACCUCAGCAAAAAGGUGGAGCUUAAAACUGUGUCAGGAAGUAAGUCCAGUGACACACUCAAUAAAGGGGUGGAGCUUGAUGACAAGCCUACAAAGGAAGAGGUGCCUAAGGACACGUCAUGCGUCAACAAGGUGGAGCUUAACAACGCAGCCGUGAGGAAGGCGGGGUCGAGUGACGAGCUCACGCAGAAAGGGGAGGGGUCAUCAGAGGAGGCGGGGUCUUCUUUAACAGCCUCCCAUCCAAUCGCAGCAGCUGGCGCGGUAGCCAUGGCAACAGACUCCUCCUCCCCCUCUGCAGUUGAUGCUGCUCUAGGCCAUCUGGAGAACAUCACAUUUCCUAGCGGUGUGUGUCAGCAGGUGAAUGGCUCUACGAUCUCCAUGAUGGCUGACGGUCUGGCCUUCCUCGCCGACGAAGAGUACCUGACCAUCAACACACACACUGCUGCUGCCGCCAUAGCUGCUGCUGAGCCAAGCCCUAUCACCCUGCAGCCCCCAGACCUAGGCAUACGCUCACUCCCCAAAACCAACAAGAAGCACACACACACCAACAGGCUGAGCUGGGUAGACGAGGAAGAGGAGGAGGAAGACGACCCUAACAGAGAGAUCCUGAAGGAGUUUGAGCUCUCGGUGACGCUGGUGAAGUCGUGGAGCGGUAGUUUCGGCUUCACCAUCGCCCGCAGCAGACUGGACGGCUGCUACUACAUCCAGGAGGUCCUAGACAACCCGGCACGCUCCGACGGACGCCUACGCGCAGGAGACAGGCUCAUUAUAGUGAAUGGCCAUGACGUAACCGCGGUGACGGAUGAUGUUGCUAUGGGCAUUCUGCGCUCGUCGUCACGGAAAUUAGUGAUGGUGUUGGGGCGGGCGGUCCAGAACCUUGUGAUUGCACCUCCCGCAGACAGCCUACCAGAUAUCAUCCUACACAAGACACUUAGCGGACAACUUGGUAUUAAGCUAACAGGCGGUAUAGGGAGUCGUCAUCAGGGUAUCUACGUGUUGGAGGUGGUGAUGAACUCUCCAGCCAGCGAAGAGGGAAGCCUACAGCCAGGAGACAAGAUACUCUACAUCAGUGGCAGGUGCACUCUGGGAAUGACCUUGGAGGAUGCAGUGAAGGCCUGUGAAAACGCCUCCCGCAAGGUCAAACUUAAAGCACUCAGAGAUGAUCAGCCGUUACCAUCCAAGGCGAAGUGGAAUGGGCUGUUCGACUGGAAGAAGGAGAGGAGGUUCUUUCCACGUUUUGAUGACUAUGAAGACUCCCCUGAGGAAGGUCAUGAGAGGUGUGAGAGUUCUGUGCGUUUCAGACCGCACCCCUCUCCACCGCCUCCACAGGAAGAGAGUUGCAUCAUCCAGGUGGAGUUCUCCAAGCCGGAGAGUGGUGGGCUGGGCUUUGCUCUGAUGGGCGGAGCCAACGGGAGCGCGCUCAGAGUGAAGGAGAUCUGCAGAGGGGGCGUGGCCCACACUGACGGACGACUACGCGUGGGAGACAUACUGCUGGAGGUGAAUGGCGUCAUAGUGUCUGGUUUGAGCCAUAGUAAGGUGGUGGAGAUGUUACGGCAAGCGGAGGGCGUUGUCCAACUCACCAUCUGCAGAGACUUCCUGUCUUUAACUCCGCCCACUGAGAGAAGGCCGCCACCCACCGAACACCAAUCUACAGAGGUGAAGGAUGAUGAAAUAGUGCCAGAGAAGGACCAGCCAACCGUACCUUUAAACAACACCAGAAGGACAUCUGUACACUCACAGUCUCAGGAGAGUAGCAGCAGUACUCCUCCUGUCUCGAGAUGCUGUCCAAGUCUCCGUGCUGACGACCUGCUGCCCACCAGGAUUAGCACCCCCCCACCCCACGAUCCCACGGGGGACCAAGACACGCCCCCAGCCUGGAGCAGCGAUGAAGAGGAUGAGGACGAGGACGACACGCAGGCACUCAAACUACUGCCCCCAACAGGUCGUCCUAUCGUGUCUGAGGAUGAGUUGUCUACGUUGGCCAUCAUCUCCCCCUGUAAGACGGGCAGCUACUCGGGAUCGCGCAUCAAGACACUCAUACAGAUACUGGAACACCAGGACCAGCAGGAGAUACUCAAGGAGUUCAUGGAUCUGCAGCAUAUGAAGUCCUCUGAUGAGUGUGUGGUGGGGAGAGCUCCUGAGAACCGCCUUAAAAACCGCUACAGAGACAUACUACCAUAUGAUAAGACUCGAGUCCUGUUGGGAGAGGAGCAGGGCUACAUCAAUGCCAGCUACAUACGCAUGCAGGUAGGAGAUGAGGAGUUGCUCUACAUUGCGUCUCAGGCCCCAAUGUCCUCGACGGUGGGCUCCUUCUGGCAGAUGGUUUGGGAGAGCCGCUGCGACGUGGUCGUCAUGACAACGAGGGAGGAGGAGGCGGGCCGUAGCAAGGUGUAUCGGUAUUGGCCGGACAGCAUGGACAUCCCCAUGGAAACGGACCGCUACCAGCUGACGCUCGACAACCACCAGACGCUGCGAGACUUCCACAUCAACGUCGUCAAGAUGGUGGACAAAAAGAAUGGAAACUGUCACUUCGUGAAGCAGGUGUGUGUGUGCCGGUGGCCGGACCACAGGCCUGCAGGCUCGUCUGAGCAGCUCGUGCGAUUGGUCAGCUACAUGAGGGCGGUCCAUAGCAGAGGGCCAAUCAUAGUGCACUGCAGCGGAGGCAUCGGACGAACCGCAGUCCUCAUAUGCACCGACAUCAUCGUACGGCGGAUACACCGAGACCUCACUGUCAGUGUGAGUGACAUUGUGAAGGAGAUGCGGACGCAACGUCAUGGAAUGAUACAGACAAAGGAGCAGUACCUCUUCUGCUAUAAGGUUUGGUUGGAGAUCCUUCAAGGAAUCCUGCAGCUCCACGGUAACCAGUGGCAACUGGCGGCUUCCGUCUGA